AUGUACGCUGAGGACGGGAUUCGCGAUGUGGAGGCCAUGAGCAGUCAAGAACUGGUUGAGCACAAGUCCAAGCUGGUUCUGACGAGUCUGAAGCCCAAGACAUGCAUCAAAGACCCGAAGCGGCUCCAAAGCGCUGUCGGCAAUCUGUGGUCUGCGUGGCUGGCGGUUGUCGCUACGUUGAGCUUGAAGUUUGCGCAGACCACGGCAUAUGCGCUGGCAAUUGCGGAGAUGUUGAAAUAUCCCGUAACACGCUACACAGCACCCGUCCUGGCGUAUUCUUUGGGACCUGAUCUCGUGAAGUGGGUAGACGUGAUCAUUGACAGCGUUCUGAAGGCUGUUCUGAUCUUGAUCGUGUGGAUCUUCGCCAAGAUGAGGCCGUCACCGAAGUGCCAAACGUGUUUGCAGAUGCAUGAGGUCACGAAGUGCAUGUGA